CAGACGCACAGCCAGACAGACGCACAGACAGACGCACAACCGUGACCUGGAACACACUCUGGAACGCACACUGGAUCCGGCUCGGCGCGGUCUCCCCUGGGUCCGGGGUGUGUCAGGGGGCUCCGCUCUGGGCGUUCGCUGGGUACAAUGCCCCCCCCCCCCCUUUACUCCACUGACGGCGGCCGGAGCAGCGUGAGACCCCGGAAGGAGUAAACACACACACACACACACACACACACACACACACACACACACACACACACACACACACACACACACACACACACACACACACACUUUGGACACUUUCUUGGAAUUACUCGGGGAGGUGUCCAAACGACACACACACACACACAGACCUCACCCCGACCAACCCGUCCCCCCCAGUACCUGGACGAUGGGGUCCGGCGGGGGGUCCGCCAGCCUGCUCGGGGCGGCGGUCCUGCUGGCCGUUCUGGGACCGGACCACCUGGCGGAGGGGGGCUGCGCCGGGCGGUGCUGCCACAGCCGGGACUGGAGCUGCCUGUCCACCGACUGGAGCAUGCAGCGCGUCUACGGGACGUGCUUCUGUGACGACACCUGCGCCCGCACCCGGGACUGCUGCUUCGACUACUUCACAGAGUGCCCAGCUCAGGACUGCGUGGUGGGCCCCUGGGGGCCGUGGAGUGGCUGCGCCCGGCCGUGCCGUCCGUCCACCCGGGGUCGCCGCCGCCGCGUGGAGCGGCAGCCGGCCAACGGCGGCGCGGCCUGCCCCCGCCUGGAGGAGAGGGCCGGCUGCCUGGAGUACCGCGACCACACGGGGGGGCGCUGCGGGCCCGACCUGGGCCCCGCCUUCAUCACCAGCAUGGAAUUCGGCCAGAAGAGGCCCACGCACGACAGCUAUGGAACCCCGCUGGACCCAGGGUUCUGUGUGGAGUUCACACUGCAGUCGCGGACAGCCCACUGCGCGGUGGAGACCCGACCCCACACACACUGGACGCGCUACAUAACGGAGGGCUUCACCGUGUGUGUGGCGUGCCAGCCCCCCGCUAUGCACAAUAACACCGGCAGCUGCCAGGGAGAUGGGCUGCAAUCAGACAAGCAGGCGGUGCUCCACUGGCAGGCGCUGGAGGUCCCCCGCUGCGCCGGGACCUGGAGGAAGGUCCACAAGACGCAGCGCUGCCGCUGUCCGCUGCAGCACAGCUUCGUCUUCAUCUGACCCGCAGCACUCCGUGCAAAGUAACGCGAGAUCAUGCUACUCAUCAGUGUUCAGAUUGUAAAACAAAGAUCGCUCCUGUUUCGGUGUUUCAGAGCGGAUCCGUCUGCUUCUUCCUCUGCAUUGUUUCACAGGGUCUCUGCCUUGUAAUAGUAGCCUGCUAGAAUACCAUUGUUUUGUGCGUAGUCUUAACUUAUUGAACAUUAAUCAGUGGUAGCAUUGGGAUAUGAACAUCAUCUAACCAAUACGGAUGAUUAUAAAUAAAUAUUUUUUAAUACAAA